AUGGUCGAGUUUUAUUGGGAAAAAAACAACUAUGUAACUCAAAGUUUCUGUGCCCUCCUCUUUCCGCGGCCUCAUCCCCGCCUCCGCGCCUACCGUCGCCGCGGCCUCCCCAGCCGCCGCCUCCCGCGACGCUCCCCCCCCCCUCACGGCCUCGUCGCCGCCUCCGCGCCCGCGCCGUCGCGGCCUCACCAGCCGCCGCCGCCCGCGCCGCUCCCCUCCGCGGUCUCGUCGCCGCCUCCGCGCUCGCGCUGUCGCGGCCUCAGCCAGCCGCCGCCGUCCGCGCCGCUCCUCCCCGCGGCCUCUACGCCGCCUCCGCGCCCGCGUCGCCACGGCCUCGCCAACCGCCGCCGCCCGCGCCGCUCCCCUCCGCAGCCUCGUCGUCGCCUCCGCCCCCGCGUCAUCUCGGCUUCGCCAGCCGCCGCCGCCCGCGCCGCUCCUCUCCGCGGCCCCGUCGCCGCCUCCGGGCCUGCGUCACCGCGGCCUUGCCAACCGGUGCCGCCUACGCCGCUCCCCUCCGCGGCCUCGUCGCCGCCUCCGCGCCCGCGUCGUCGCGGCCUCGCCAGCCGCCGCCACCCGCACCGCUCCUCUCCGCGGCCUCGUUGCUGCCUCCGCGCCCGCGUCACCGCGGCCUCACCAGCCGCUGCCGCCCGCGCCGCUCCCCUCCACGGCCUCAUCGCCGCCUCUGCGCCUGUGUCCACCGCGGCCUCGCCAGCCGCUGCCCUGCUACCUCGCGCCGCUCCGCGACAUCGUCGACACCUCCCCACCGCCUCCGCACCCACGCAGCCCCACCAGCUGCCUCCACCUGCACGCUUCCGUGAUCACUGCGGGUCCACCGGCAGCCGUCCCUCAUGGCCACCCCCAUACCCUCCCCCUCCCAUCGACAUUUCCUCCAUUGAUAAACUCCAGCUUGAAGCCGACAAAUCUGCCAUUGACUGGCACUCGUUCGUCGGCAGCAUCCGCCGAGUCCUCAACGAUGCAUCGAUCCCCCCCUACCGCGUCCUUGACGUCAUCCUCCGCCGCCCCCAUGCCCUCCCCACCACCGAACCUGACCACCCCGGCGAGACCCCUCCUCUCCCUCCUCCUCCUGGCGACCCCCCCCUUGAGCCCGAGCUCCGGAUCACCGCCGACCAGGCCACCGCAGAUGCUGAUUUCAUUAUGCAUCGCCGUGCUUACCUGAUCCGCAAAGCCGAAUACCAUGCAGCAGCUAUUGCCUACGCUCAGGCGGUGGCUGGCCGCACUGCUCACCUCGCCGUCGUUGCCAAAUACACCGACGAUAUGGCUACCUUCACCUCCAAGUUCAUCGCCUGGUCAGCCGCUGACAACCGAGCAUGCACUGUCAUCCUCAGUGCUCUCCCUGACUCCCUCAUGCGCCGCUUUCAGGCCCGGGAACUCCGCGCCUCGGUGAUAUGGACAGAACUCCAUGCUAUGUUCGUACGCCGCGACAUCAACUCGGUGGGAAUCCUCUUCCAGGAAUACUUUUCUAUUACCCUCGCCACGUGUGACGGAGCAGUAGACUAUGUCGGCCGCAUGCGCGAGGUAGCCGAUCGCCUCGAAGCCCGCCAAGCCGGCCUCUCCGAGCCCCUCCAAAUCCAUCGCCUCCUCUUCAACCUCACCCCUGACUACGAAUCCCGCCUUCACGCCUUCACCGAAGCCAAUCCCAUGGCCGAUCUCGCUUCAGUUGAACAGUGGAUCAUUGAUACCGAAGUCAAGCUUCGCACCCCCAUGGUCAACCUCACCUCCUCCCACCCUUCCUCCUCCUCUCUCAACGCUACUCAGCCCCGCAAGCAGGGCAAAAGCAACGGCAAGGGGGGAGGUGGGGGCAAGGGAGGCAGCGGCCAGGGAAGCAGCGGCACAAGCAGCCGUGGUGGCUCCACUGGGGAUGAGCACGGCACCCCCAGUCAGAGCGGUCCCUCUGGGAACCGCGGGCCCCGCCCUGGAACUCUCCCUCCCUGCACCUAUGUCCGUCGCUACGGUCCCCGGGCAGGGACACCCUGCGGUCAAACCACCCAUCCCCCUAACACUUGCUUCAAGGCCCUCGAUGAUGCCUGGUAA